AUGCCCGACAAGUCGUUGACGGUGGUUUCCUACGCCGCCGGGGCGUCGCUCGCGGCCGCAGCCCUGAUCUACGUCUUUGGUCCGACUUUUGCUAUUGACCACGAAGGCACCAGCUCCAAGAAGAAGACCAUUGUCGGCUUGCGCAACCAAGCCAAUGAUUGCUUCAUCAACUCGGUUCUUCAGGCCCUCGCGGGUCUGGGCGACCUCCGCAUCUAUCUGAUCCGCGAGACGCACCGCCGUCGCAUCGAGGACUCGGCCGUCUACGCCAACCUGAUCCAGCCGAGCUCGUCCGACGAGGAUGGCAGCAGCGGCGGCAAGAUGCCCGAGUGGAAGAUUCAGGGCCUGCAAGACGGCCUCGUCACGCAUGGACUCAAGGAGAUGCUUGAUCACCUCAACGAACGACCGAUUGCGAAAAAGGCCAUCUCUCCAUUCCCCUUUGUCCGCGUCCUCGAGGUCGCCUUCAAGCAGCGCAUAAGCAGGCAGCAGCAAGAUGCCCAGGAAUUUUUGCAGAUUGUUGCCGAGCGUUUGAAAGACGAGUACCACGCAGGCCAAAGAGCGCGGUUACAUGCGCGAUCAGCCGUCAAAGACAACCGCAGCAGCUCUUCCUCCAACUCAAACCCCGAGCAAAGCGACACUGAAAAGAACGCGACAAACGACACAAUAAACGACACAAUAAACGACACAACAAACGACACAAAAAUCGACACUACAAACGGCAUUACCGCACCUGCCAUCAACGAAACUAAUGGCAACGGAGCCAACUCACAAUCAAAUUUAGACACCGACAGCUUGCUACCGAACCCGACAUUGUCAGCUUCAACGCCACCAUUACCCAUAGAGCUCGAAGAUGGCUUUCCCAUGGAGGGCAAAUAUGAGUCUCAUCUCGAGUGCCAAACGUGCGGCUACAAGACGAAGCCGCGCGAGGAGACCUUCUGCACCAUAACCCUCGCUGUGCCUCAAGUCAUGUCCACGUCUCUCAGCUCUUGCUUUGACGGCAUCUUUAAGACGGAAUACAUUGACGACUUCAAGUGUGAAAUGUGCCGGCUCCUACAGACUGUAGCCAAUCUUGAGCACGAAGUUUCGCGCUCCAACUCGGAAUCCUUCAAAACCAACGCCCUCGACAGCAUCGCCAAGCUCAACAAGGCCAUUCUCACGGACCCAGAGCAGCCCCCCGAGGGUGUCGACCUCGGCGACAUUCGCUACGCGCCCAAGCGUCGCAUCGCCAAGACGACCCGCAUGACGAUAUUCCCCAAGAUUCUCGCCAUCCACCUAUCGCGCUCCAUUUACGGCGUCGGCCAGAUGACGCAAAAGAACUCGGCCAAGGUUUCGUUUCCAGAGCAGCUGCCCCUCGGCGGUUUGGCCGAUCAGCGCCGGUAUAAGCUUCUCGGCAUGGUCACGCAUCGCGGUGGGCAUAACAGCGGCCACUACGAGGCCUUUAGGCGGCAAAAUGUCUCGCCGCACUUUCCUAAUCAAAACACCUUUAUGCAGUCCGAAGUUUACAGCAAGACACCUACGCCACUCUCUACACCGGUCAUGAGCGCCAAGAACGCGGACAGUCCCGCCACCUCGACACCCGACCUCCUCUCUCCCACCUCUACCGCAGCCUCCUCCACACCCUCUCUCGACUCCGUGCCCAUGCAGCCCCCGCGUAGUGUGCCCUUGUCCGCCAUGCCGGAAAGAAACAGCCCCGUCGUCAAUGGUCGCGAUCGCGACACCGACUCCAGCAGCCUGCGGUCCGUCGCCGCGUCCACCAAGUCGGCGCUGUCACGGCUCGCCUCGGGCAGGCACGACGGCGGCAGCAAGUCGGCGUCGCCCAAGCUGCGACCGCAGUCCCAGCCACAGUCGCAACCAGCGCAUUCGCUCGCGGGGAGUAUGAAGCGCGCAAAGCCCAAGAAAGCCAAGCAGCACCUGGAUCGCUGGUGGCGGGUGAGCGACGAAAAAGUUCGCGAAGCCAAGACGGGCGAGGUCCUGAGCAUGCAAAAGGAGGUGUAUCUUUUGUUUUACGAGUUGGAAAAGUAG